AUGCUCGGAGAUGCUGAUCUUCAGAUUCUGGGCAACCAGCUCGACGCCGUUGCACGAGCCGAUCAGCAGCAUCAUGAGUGCCUACAAAAGCUGCUAGAUCAGUCUCGAGAUCUGGUUGAAAGUUACCGCCUUCUGAAGAGUGACUAUGAGGAGGAAAAGGAAGCCCGGGAGAAGUACAAGAAACUGGCAAGGGGCCAGGAACGCAAUCCAUUUGCUCUUGUCCUGGUCGAUGGAGACGGCUACCUGUUCAAGGAACAUCUAAUAAGAGCUGGCAGCGACGGAGGUGUUGAUGCUGCACGCCUCUUGGGUGAUUCUGUAAAGGAACUACUUCGUUCGAAACUAGGCAAUGAUGCGGAUCAGUGCCGUGUGAUGGCCCGCGCCUAUGCAAAUAUCUUAGGUCUAUCGAAAUCGAUGGCUCGUGCUGGAAUCACAGGAUACGAGGCCCGAUCGCUUUCAUCAUUCACGUCGAGCUUCACCGGCUCGCAAGAAUUGUUUGACUAUGUGGACGCGGGUGAUAGGAAGGAGGGUGCAGGCUUCAAGAUCAGAGAAAUAUUUCGACUGUUUGCGGAUAAUAAUCAGUGCAAACAUAUUUUCUUUGCCGGCUGCCAUGAUGUGGGAUAUCUUUCAAUGCUGAUGCCAUACCGUGGCAGGGCUGAUCGCAUAACUCUUAUAAAAGGCGCUUCCUUUCAGGUCGAAUACGAAUCGCUGGAUCUACCGGUUAGAAUGAUGCCUUCAGUUUUUAUGUCUGUUCCAGUAGGUGACGGCAAAGCUACUACACGGCCGCCAUCAACUACCAGCAAUUCUACGAAGAUCUGCAAACAUUUUGUCAAGGGUUCUUGCAAAUUUGGAAAUGAAUGUCGCAAUUUACACCCAGUCCCAAACAAGAAAAAUUCUAAGGCUGGGGAUGAGUCUCCACUAAAGCUACCAUCUACCCCAGCCUUUUCUCAAGCCUCUAGUACUCAGCUGAGGAGGCUGCAAGCUUCUGAUUUUGCUACGUUGCUGCCAGCUAUGAUCACGCAGCAGGAAAAGAAACUUAUACCUGUCAAUAAGGAUGGGGAACGUAUCGAUACAUAUUGUCCAUAUCCUCCGGAGAAAUCUUGGAUCUACUAUCAUCGGACUUUCAAAAAACAUAAACUCUGCAACAAAUACCACCUCGGUGGUGUGUGCAGGGACAUUGACUGUCAAUAUGGUCACACCGAAGCGGAAAGUCCGGCGCUGGAGGUUAUGAAAUACAUCCUCAGGCAAACCCCGUGCCGUAGAGGCGGCCAUUGCCGGUCACUGAAAUGCUAUACUGGGCAUAUCUGCCAGAAGGAGAACUGCAAAGGAUGCAGGUUUCCACGACAUGCACAUACACUCGAGCUUCAGGUCACUGACUGGGUGGCGCCCUUGGACGAAGAUGAGGUUACAACUAGCGAUGACUUUAGUGACAGCCUGCUCAUCUUUGACGAAGAUUGUUGA